AUGGAAGUCAACAUUUGUACAGAACUUUACGUUUACAGCCCUCCUUCACAAGCAUUAUCUCAUAAUCUUCCUGAGCUCGAGGCCAUGAGCAGAUAUACCGGCCCAGUGAACCCUGCUGUCUUCCCCCAUCUGACUGUGGUGCUGUUGGCAAUUGGCAUGUUCUUUACCGCCUGGUUCUUCGUUUAUGAGGUUACCUCUACCAAGUACACUCGGGAUAUCUACAAAGAGCUCCUCAUCUCCUUGGUGGCCUCACUCUUCAUGGGCUUUGGAGUCCUCUUCCUGCUGCUCUGGGUUGGCAUCUACGUAUGAGCUCCCAAGGGUUCCAACCAGGAGCUUCACUGAAUUCCUGCUUUUGUAAAUUAAUUUUUUUACUGUUGCUGGAAGUGUCCCACCUGCUGCUCCCAAUAAAGGCAGAUAGAUGUGUGAC